AUGGUGGAUAUUCUAAAAUUCCAAUCAAUUACAUCUACACAAUCUCUUAUUCGAAACCCGAAUAUCUUUGAAAUAUUUAAUAUGAAUUGUUCGGAAUCUAGUUUCUUAAUGAUAAGAGAAAGAUCAUGUUUUCAACUUGAUAAUGGAACAUUUAUUGUGAAGAUUGGGUUAAUAAAUAAUUUGAAUUGUUUAUUAGAAUUUUUAAAGCAACAGCAACAAAAACAAAUUAAAACAAGUAGUAAUGCAGAUUCUAAUCCCAGCUUAUCAUUUGAUUUUAUAAAAAAAUAUCCAUUGUUAAAAAAAUUAAUUAUUUGGUAUCAACGAGUUAGCAAUGAAAAUGAAGCUGAUGAAAAUAAAGAUAAAUUUUUAGACCAUUUUAUUGAUACUAUCACUGAUAAUUUGACAAAAUCGAAAAAUAAUUUUCGAUAUAGUAAUUCGAUUAAGAAUUUUGCUUUAUCAUUGUAUAUUUUGGGUGGUAAAUUGACCUAUGAAUUUCUUAGAUUAAAUUUACCUGGAUCUUUACCGCAUCUCUCUUUAUUAAAUUCAUUGAUUUCAACCUUAAAUGUGCAAUAUGCAUUCGGCUCUGAAGAUUGUACUGGUAUAGUUAACAGAAUUAAAUAUGAUUCAACAACAAAUACAUUUACUGGAUUUCCUUCAUUACUUGAUCGUGGAGUGCCAGUUAAAUCAUAUUAUCAGACUGACUCACCAGUACAAUCCACAGAUAAUAACGCGGAUCCAAAAUAUCUACGUGCUAUGCGUUUAAUGGGCGGUUUUCUUGGAGCUCUUCCGAAUUUUCAAGUUCGCCAGCACCCACAAGCAUUUCAAAUAAAAAUAAAAUCACACUGGUCUUGGUUUUAUCUUCGUGAACAACAAUUAUUAUUAGUUGUUCAAGAUCCGACACAUUUGGUAGCCAAAUGGUGUAAUCGUUUAUUAUCAGCAACAACAGAAUUAUGUCUCGGAAAUCAGUCAAUAUCGAUCAAUCAUUUGCAUGAUAUUAUUGAAAAUGAUACUUAUUCUAAGCUUGAUCAUGGCCUAACAAAAUCUGACAUUAACCCUAAAGAUCGUCAAAACUUUAGUUCUUGUUUGAAAUUAACAUCAAAUGAUCUAUUCAAUAUUUUAAACGCUACUGCACUGUAA